UCAUAACGAACCGAAAUAUGUCAAAGGUUACAAAGGUUAUGGCGCAUGCGCAGCGGUAUCGCUUACGACCAAUCAGCUCCUUGUAUUCCUCGGUGUAUCUAAAAAUAAACAUCUAGAACUUGCCACGAGAUUCGUGUGUGCACCAGAGACUGUGUUUACAUUCUAGGUUUUUCUACCUCAGCUUCAACGAAAUGUAUAUAAGUAACGAGCCAGUUGAGGUGGACAGAUUAAGACUCGAGCGAGCUAAGAUACAGCAGAGAAAGCAAAGCAAGAGUUGAAAUAGAAAAGAAGCCUACAGCCCGAAUCUAAGAGAUUAAAACAGAUCACAGAGGAGUGUAAAAGUAAAUCCAAAUCGGUUUUCUAUUAUUGUGUAACACAGUUCUUGACUUGGAAAAACAUACUACUCAUCAGAAUCAAACAUUAUUGUGGUGACUGUCAUCGAAAUUUAAGUGAAGAUGACGAAAGGCCAAAAAGCUCCCGCGAUCGGCAUUGAUUUGGGCACAACGUAUUCGUGCGUUGGUGUUUUCCAGCAUGGGAAAGUAGAAAUUAUCGCCAACGACCAGGGCAACCGUACAACACCAAGCUAUGUUGCCUUCACAGACACAGAGCGCCUUGUUGGCGACGCUGCCAAAAACCAAGCCGCCAUGAACCCCAGCAACACCAUAUUUGAUGCCAAGAGGUUGAUAGGUCGUAAAUUCAAUGAUAAGACUGUUCAAGGGGACAUGAAACAUUGGCCAUUUAAAGUUGCUGAUGUGGAUGGGCGACCUAAAAUCAAAGCCGAGUACAAAGGAGAACAAAAACUGUUUGCACCAGAAGAAAUCAGUUCUAUGGUUCUGAUCAAGAUGAAAGAGACUGCAGAAGCAUAUCUGGGCCAGAAAGUCACAGAUGCAGUCAUCACAGUUCCUGCCUAUUUCAACGAUUCACAGAGACAGGCCACAAAAGACGCCGGGGCCAUCGCCGGUUUAAAUGUGCUGAGAAUUAUCAACGAGCCAACAGCAGCAGCGCUGGCCUAUGGACUAGACAAGAGGCAUAAAGGUGAAAUUAAUGUACUCAUCUUUGACCUCGGAGGUGGCACAUUUGAUGUCAGUGUGCUGACCAUUGAUGAAGGUUCAAUGUUUGAAGUGAAAGCCACUGCCGGAGACACUCACUUGGGUGGAGAGGACUUUGACAACAGAAUGGUCAAUCACUUUGUGCAGGAGUUUAAACGGAAACACAACAAAGAUAUGAGCUCCAACCCGAGGGCCAUCAGGCGCCUGCGCACUGCCUGUGAACGAGCCAAGAGGACCUUGUCCAGCAGCACAGAAGCAUCCAUUGAAAUUGACUCUCUCUACGAAGGCAUUGACUUUUACACCAAAAUGACCAGAGCCAGAUUUGAAGAGCUGUGCGGUGACCUGUUCAGAUCGACGCUUGAGCCCGUCGAGACAGCUUUGAGGGACGCUAAGCUCGAUAAAGGCAAAAUCGAUGAAGUGGUCUUGGUUGGAGGGUCAACACGUAUUCCCAAGGUGCAAAAGCUGUUGAGCGACUUCUUCAACGGAAAAGAACUGAACAAAUCCAUUAACCCCGACGAAGCUGUGGCCUAUGGCGCUGCCGUCCAAGCUGCUGUGCUCACUGGAGACACGAGUGACACCAUCAAGGAUGUUCUACUUGUUGACGUAGCUCCAUUGUCUCUCGGCAUUGAGACAGCUGGAGGCGUUAUGACUGCCCUCGUCAAGAGAGGCACCACCAUCCCUACAAAAACAUCCCAGAUCUUUACCACUUAUGCUGACAACCAACCCGGAGUCGACAUACAGGUGUAUGAAGGUGAGCGGACCAUGACUAAAGACAAUAAUCUCUUGGGUCGAUUUCACCUGACAGGUAUCCCGCCUGCUCCUCGCGGGGUGCCCCAGAUUGAAGUCACCUUUGACAUCGAUGCCAAUGGUAUUCUCAAUGUCACAGCCCAAGACAAGAGUACUGGAAAGUCGAAUAACAUUACCAUAAAAAAUGAUAGAGGUCGCCUCAGUCAGGCAGAUAUUGAUAGAAUGUUGGCCGAAGCUGAAAAGUACAAAGAUGAAGACAGGAAACAACAAGAAAAAGUCAGUGCCAGAAACCAACUGGAGGGCUAUGUUUUCAGUGUCAAGCAGGCAGUGGACGCUGCUGGUGACAAACUUUCUUCUGCGGAUAAGGAUUCUGUGCUCAAUGCCUGCAAUAGCACACUCAAAUGGCUGGACAAUAAUUCGCUGGCCGAAAAGGAAGAGUUCGAAGACAAACUAAAGGAAAUACAAAAGAUCUCUUCAUCUAUAAUGGCUAAAUUACAUACAGGACAGAGUGGGCAUGGGGAUCAGUCACACAGUAAUCACAACGGACCAACUGUUGAAGAGCUAGAUUGAUCUGCAUAAAUAGUUUGUAUUAUGAAAAAGAUUUAAGUGAACUAUUUUUAAAUAGUUUGUUUUCAGAUGGAAUUAUGUGAUAAAAUAAGACAGUGUUUAUUAAACUACUUAUACAUUUUGAUAAAUUGCAAUAUUUGUUUCACUAUUGUAAAGUUUAUUGUAUAUUGAUGUAAAUAGUCAAAUGUACCAUUGAUUAAAUGAAACGCAAGUAGAGCUACUUUCUUAUGUGUGUAUGUUUUAUUUUGCUAAGUGUAAAUGAUUAAAGACAUUGAAAUGUUAUUAAUAGUUGUUGAAAGAAAUGGUUUAUAUAAUGCUUUUGUUUUUUAAAAAAAAUGGCUUUUCAGUUUUAAAUGA